CUCCUCCUUUCUGACAGAGAGAAACAAUCUGCUGAGCUCAGACAAGCUGGGGCAGCUCAGGAUCCUCAGCACAGCCUGCCAACCCAACUCUUUAACACCAGGCAGCAAAAUGUAGCAGAAAUCAUCUUAAACAUUUCAACCCAGGCGCAUGAAGGUGCCUCAAGACCAGAUACAUUUAAUAGAAAUAUUAUCAGCUUAAUUAUUUUGGGAGAAAAAAAGCAGGUUUCAACGGAUUUAAAGAUUGCUGCUGAGAUGGAGAUCUGCAGUUCUUAAACUGAGCAGAAGACAUGGGAAAAUGGGAGCUGACCAUGAAUCCAGUGCAGGAGUGGGGUGAGGAGAAGGAGGAUGGCGCCGUGUACGGGGUCACGCUGCGGCGGGAACCCGUUCCCUCCUCGCCCAGCUCUAACGACAGGACCCCCUGCUCUGGUUUCGUCCAGUACCGCACCUGUAAGGUGCGUCGUCUAAAGGCCGCCACGCUGGACAACCUCAUACGACACCUCCUGGACGGCAGCAACCAGGAGCCCGACUACAGCAGGAUCUUCCUGUCCACGUACAGGACCUACACCAGCAGCACAACCCUGAUAGAGCUGCUCUUCCAGAGAGAGAGCGCCUUUUCAGGUUUGGACAACAGUGAUUACUGCAAGAGCAAUCUGUUGACCUUUAUCCAGACAUGGUUGGAUGAGUACAACGAGGACUUCAGGGACCCUCCGCUGCACCCGGCUCUCCGCCUGCUGCUCGACCACCUGAGGAUUAGCUCCGCCGUGCAUGACGGCAUGCGCAGCCAGCCCAACUUCUGCUCACUGGCCGGGCAGGCAGAGGAGCUGCUCCAAAAGUUACAGAAAGAAGAAGGUUUGUCAUCAAAUAUCUAUUCUGUUGCUGGUGGUCUAGAGCACGGUGAGGAUGAUUCUGCUAGAGAAGACUCAGGAUGUGAAAGCCCUCUGGACCACGGCUGCAUCAUGGAUUUCUCUCCCACAGCCAUCGCUGAACAGCUCACUCUGAUGGACUCGGCCCUGUUUGUCAAAGUGGUGCCCUACCAGUGCCUGGGCUGUGUUUGGUCCCAGAGAGACAAGAAAGAGAACAUGUCUCCCACCAUCCGAGCCACCAUCACACAGUUCAACGCCGUGACCAACAAGGUUAUGAUGUCGCUGCUCUCCCAGCCUGCAGAACCUGCCAACAGCUCCUCCUGGCUGCCUCCUACAACUCCAACCCUGAGGGCCCGCAUCAUUGAGAGGUGGAUCAAAGUGGCACAGGAAUGUCGCCGCUUGAAGAAUUUCUCCUCCCUGAAGGCGAUCCUUUCUGCUUUGCACUCGAAUGCCAUUUACAGGCUGAGGAAGACCUGGGCAGCCGUUAGCAGAGACAGCAUGGCCGCCUUCGAUAACCUCUGGGAGACAUUCCCUGACGAGAAAUGUGUUCUAACUGUCAAAGAGCUCCUAGGAGAGGAUGGGAGCCAAGCUAACGGGGAUAAUGUUUCUCCGAAGUUAAACAAGAAGUGUCAACUCCGCCGCCAGAUGAGUCUCUCCAGCGGAGUCGUCCCGUACCUGGGGACCUAUCUGACCGUCCUCACCAUGUUUGACACGGCUCUACCGGACACCACAGAGGGCGGACUUAUAAACUUUGAGAAGAGGAGGAGGGAGUUUGACGUCCUGUCACAGAUCCGUUUGCUGCAGGCGUCGUGUUCCCAGUACAACCUCCCCACCCAUCCCAAAAUAUCUGCUUGGUUGCACCGACACAAAAUGCUCACGGAUCAGGAGAGCUAUGAAUUGUCAAAACAACUUGAACCUCCGGUGGACAAUUGUUCGCCGACCUCCUGGAACAACCGCUCUCUGUCAAAGAAACUCCAACUUUUCCGGUCAGUGAGCGAUAACUCUAAGAAGCUCCCACCUGACCAGAUCAGCCUCUCGUCUUCUGGAUCCAGUGGAUCUGAGAUGGAAGAUCUGUCGUCCCCGAACUCGACCUGUUCCAUCAGACUGCAGUCCUUUCAUAGCUCCUACAACAACGUAUCUGAGGCCUUCUCCUCCUCUUCCUCCUCGCCCUGCCCCUCGGCGACUUCCUCUUCAGCGUCUCCUUCUCCAUCGGGUUCCUCCUCCGACCUCGGCUCUACAGAUUUAACUACUGCCGCCGCCCCCCAGCCCAACCCUCACCUGUCCUCGCAUCACAAACGCUCCAUCUCCAUGACGUGCCUCCCCAUGUAUAACCGCCAGGGGUCUGACUCCUGCAUCAUCAGGGUCAGUGUGGACCUGGGCCACAACAACGGCAACAUGUACAAAAGCAUCCUGCUGACCAGCCAGGAUAAGACUGCUCAGGUGAUUCAGAGGGCUUUGGAGAAGCAUCACCUGGAGCACAUGAACCUGCAGGACUUCACCCUGUCACAGAUCAUCACGCAGCAGAAAGAGCUACUCAUACCAGACAAAGCCAACGUCUUCUACGCCAUGUCCACAACAUCUAACUUUGACUUCAUCCUGCGCAAUCACAGCAAACGGCAGAAGAAACCUCUGAGACCGACCGCCAGUCUGGGUCGGUUCACGAAGUGAGAGGAGCUGAGCUGAUUGGACGUUCCUGGAAGACAUGAAUUUGCAUCCUGCUCUAUGGUUUCUACCAAAGUAGGAUGGAGUUUAAAGACUCUG